AUGCCCGUAAUAACCAUCAACGGCCCUAUCGGGGCUGGCUCCAUCGCCGUCGGGCAACAGGUUGCCCAUGACCUGCAUCUCAACUACGUGGACCGCAUGGUCUUCGCUGAGGCCGCGCGCAUUAUCGGCUCCCCGGUCUCCAACCUGAUUGCCAAGGAACAACGGGUCGAGCGGUUCGGCGACCGGGUGACGGCUCUACUGGGCCGGGUCCUGGAACGCGCUGCCGUGUCGGGAGACUAUGACCUCGGGGUGGGCAUCGAGACCCUGCCCGAAACUUACUACGAGCUGUCCGGCGAACCCUCGUCGCGGAUGCAACGCGUCAACGACCAGGUCUUCAUCGACACCACCCGCGAAGUCGUGCGCAACCUGUCCCAGGCGGGUCACGUCGUAAUCAUCGGCCGUGGCGCCAACAUCAUCCUUGGCGACACCCCCGGCGUUCUCCACGUGGGCAUGCUGGCCCCCAUGUCGCGACGCGUGGAAACCAUCAUGGAGCGCGAGCACCUCAGUGAAGCCGAGGCCAGUUCCUACCUUGAGGGGUUGGAAGAAGCGCGCGUAAAGUUUUUCCAGAAGUUCUUCAAGGUAUCGCCCCACGACCCAACGCUGUAUCACAUGAUGCUGGACAUGGGUCACAUGAGCGACGCCACCGCCGCCAAGAUCAUUGGUCAUGCGGCUGGCGACCUGGAGCACUGA